AUGAAGAAAUACUUGGUACCUUAUAUGAGUGCUAUCGGUGGACUUAUGUAUCUUGCAAAUUGUACCCGACCAGACAUUGCAUUUGCAACUAAUUUACUUGCAAGAUACAACUCAGCUCCUACCCGCAGGCACUGGAAUGGAAUUAAGCACAUAUUCCGCUAUCUUCAAGAACUAAUAGCGCUUCAUGAAGCAUGCAGAGAAUGUGUAUGGCUCAGAUCCAUGUCAAACCAUAUAAAAGAUGCAAGUGGAAUGGUCAGCAGUAAGGAGCCAACGACACUAUACGAAGACAAUGCAGCUUGUGUCGCUCAAAUCAAAGAAGGUUAUAUCAAGAGCGACAGAACAAAACAUAUUCCUCCAAGAUUCUUCUCCUACGCUCAAGAACUCGAGAAGAACAAGGAAGUCAAUAUCCAAUAUAUUCGAUCAAGUGACAACGCAGCAAAUCUCUUUACAAAAUCACUUCUGACUACCAUAUUCAGGAAGCAUAUUCAUAGCAUCGGAAUGCGUCAUCUACGAGAUCUUUGA